AUGGCUCCUGAGGAGAAGCUUCCGUGUGAACUGAUUGAAGAGAUACUCUCUCGUGUCCCUCCUGAAUCUCUUGUUCGCUUCAGAACCGUUUCUAAGAAAUGGAACGCCCUCUUCGACGAUAAGAUGUUCAUUAACAACCACAAGAUGACAUUUCGAUUCAUCUUAGCAACCGAAUCUAAGUUCUACUCGGUAAGCAUGACUCCAAAGAUAGAAGUGCGUGAGUUAAGUUUGGAUAUUCCCGGUUUAGAACUUAAACCUAAAAUUUUGAUUGAUUGCAAUGGGUUCUUGCUAUGUGGCAUGGAAAAAGAAGGCAUCGUGGUUUGGAACCCGUGGUUAAGACAGGCUAAAUGGAUAAAGCCAAAGGUAAACCAACCUAGUUUGUGUUUCAAUGGCAUAGGUUAUGAGUAUGAUAACAUGAAACUUGAGAGUAGUGGUUACAAGACCCUUGUGUCUUAUCCUAAUGAAUUAGACCCUACUAGAUCAGUUUGGAAAAUCCAUGACUUUGCCUCCAAUUCAUGGAAAUAUACAAAUUUGGUCAUGAGUUGUAGUAGUGGUGUUACUUUAUUCGGUGCAAGUGUAUCACUGAAUGGAAUUUUGUAUUGGGUUGCCUCUCAUCUAAAGAAUAAUUCCUUGUUCGUCCUGGUUUACUACAAUUUUUCCAAUGAAAAGGUCUACAAGUUUUCUGAUCUACCAUGUGGGGAGAACCAUCAUCACGAUGUUCUUGUUCUUAGGAUUUUUAGGGAAGAUCGGCUUUCGUUGUUAAAGCAAUGCCAUCUAACAAAGAAGAUUGAGAUUUGGGUGACCAAGAACAAGAUUAGAAACUGCUCUAGUGGAGAUGUGGAUUCAGCGGAAUGGAUGAAUUUCAUGGAAGUGUCAACUCUUAACUUGCCGGUUUUAGUACACCCAAGUUACUUCAUCGACGAUAAAAAGCUCGUUGUGUGUUCUUGCGACCAAACUGGCCAAGCUUGGAUCUAUGUUGUGGGGGACAAUAAGUUGAUCAGUAAAAUUCAAAUAGAUUCUGUGGUUGGUCCCUGGCCUUUGCAUUGUAGCUUUUUCCCCAGUUUGGUCUCAAUACCUCGAAGUCAAACUAAAAAAGCAGCAUUACAAGUUUGA